ACACGAAAAUUCAAGAUGCCGUCAAUAAAACUUGCCAGCUCUGAUGGGGAGGUGUUUGAUAUUGAUGUUGCCAUCGCAAAGCAGUCUGUCACCAUCAAAACCAUGUUGGACGACUUGGGAAUAGAAGAUCAGGGAGAUGAAGAACCGGUCCCCCUACCUAAUGUUAAUGCUGGAAUUCUGCGGAAAGUUAUUCAGUGGUGUACCUACCACAAGGAUGAUCCACUGCCACAGGAAGACGACGAAAACAAAGAACGACGUACAGAUGAUAUUCCUAGCUGGGAUCAAGAGUUUCUUCGUGUUGAUCAAGGGACGUUAUUUGAACUCAUGCUAGCGGCCAAUUAUUUGGAUAUUAGGGGACUCCUCGAUGUAUGCUGCAAAACUGUUGCUAAUAUGAUUAAAGGAAAAACGCCAGAAGAAAUACGUAAAACUUUCAAUAUCAAGUGUGACUUUACACCUCAAGAGGAAGAACAGGUGAGUAUUUGUUUAUAGGCUUCAGUUAGAAAUAUGCAGUGAAACUUCGUUGAUAAAGCCUGCUGUUUUGACUAAGUCUCAUAUCAGGUUUUGUUUGUAAACCCAACUUUUUUUCUGGAUACCGGAAAGUGUGAAUUUGAGUUGUAUGAAUUAACAUGCCUAUGGAUUUCGUAACCCUCAAAGUAGAUGCUAACAACGCAGUCUUGGCUGUUUUUAAAAUAGAGAUGGCUUAUCUUAAGACUUGAUGUCUUCUAUGAAGUACAAAGACAACGUUAAUAUAAUAGUGAUAAAUACCAAGCAAUUGUCGUUCAGACAAUGAUAAGAACAUAUUAACAUGUGAAAUAAAGUGUAUAAUGUUAGUCGUUUGCAUAUGUGUGUGUAUGUACACCGGCCUAACUGUUUCGUCGUAAUUUACCACGUCUUGUUCAACGUUAGAUUGUCAACAUAUUACUUUUAAUUUUCCUGGACAAUUCCGUCGGUCCUCUUUGUGCGAAUAAAUGAAGAACAACCAUCUUGAGACUGUCUAAGGUAGCUGUGGAUUGAAAGAUUAUUUGUGUAAUAGGUGAUGACUAGAGGUAUAAUUAAAACUUGGCUCGUGGCAGGAUUGAAAUCAACAUCUCUUGGAUUACUAGCCGGCUGGUACACCACUUAAGCUCUGUAUGUGACCAACUGCCAACCAGGUCAUAACUUCACUACAUCCAGUAUGGGUAAUGUCCAACUGUCAGGAAUAAACGACACAUCACUGUCUGUUUAUCGCCACAUUGGUUAACCAUCUAGAUCUCUCAAUCUUAAUGAAUUUAAAGGAGAGAAGGCCUUGUAGUUUAUUUAGAGGAACACCGGGCUAGUAACCUUGGUGUCACCGGUGCAAAUCUUAUGGCAAUGAAAGUCUUCAUUUCACCUUCAGUCAUCAUCCAUUACAUAGAUAAAAACAUAGAAAUGGUAGUUUGUUACAAACUGGCUGAUUGGUGAGUCAAUGUAGAGCAUUGUCCAAAAGUGUCACCUUGCUGUUUAUAAAAAAGCGAACAUGUAGGUCAUGGUACUACCAUCGACAGAUAUGGGAACAUCAUAGAACCCACAGAACCUCUUCCUGGAUCAUGAUUACGCACAGUAAAUACAUCUAUGCCAUUCUGAAGUACUUUAAGUCAUGGCAUAAACAGUCUCCAACCAUUGAUUCUUAGUACUCUUAGGAUGCUAGCCGAAGAGUCUAUCGUUCACCAGAAACAGCGAAUGGCUUCACGAAUUUACGUCUUACAGCCGUGAAUUCGGGCAAAACAGGCUGUUAAACGGUACACGUGCCCUUCAAUAGGUAGCUGGAUGUCACGCCUUUGCCAACAAUGACUGACGCCGGCAGUUUUCAAACUAGUUUGUGACCAAGUGGUUUCACUGGAUUUCUGUGACUUCUCUGCAACUUGAUGAUGGCGGAUAAUGGGCACAGUAAUCUGCCGAAGCUCUUAAGCAUAAAAUCAAACAAUAGAUAAUUAAGGAUCACGGAGACUUGUUCAGGAUGUCCUUGGAAAGCAGCAGUUACAAAUUGUAGCCGAAUUUAAUGAAAACAAUCGACAACUGUUACAAAUUAUCUGGACCUCCAAUGACAGACAGCCUAGUGCCAGUAAGUUGGUUAGUAUGUCAAUCAAGGACCUAUAAAAGCGCCUGGAACUCUGGACGAAACACUUUAAAUAGUAGCUGGGUAGCAUACGGUGUCAGGUUUUCUUAUUCUAGAGCACCAUCUAAGAGUAGUGUUCGCAAUCUCCAAGUACUCAAGGGUCGUAAGACACAAAGUCAAGAUAACCUACUUCCAGCUCUUCCAAACGAUGUAGGCCAUUUCCUAGCCACUUAAUAUGUGUAGAUUAUUUGAGGUAUGAUCGAUUGGAUGUCUCACCACUUUGGAAUAAGACCGUUCUGUAUAUCUUUGAAAAUGUGGCAGUCGUCGUGUUAUUCUGUUACCAAUUGCUUCAGAAAUGGUGGUUGUGCUUUACAGAUUUAAAACGCAUGAGAGUCGAAUUCUCAAAGAGCAGGCCAAGCUUCGUUUAGGUUAUGGAUGUAAAAAUCAUGGUGUACAACCAUCCAUUUCUGCUAUUCUCAACUAACAAUAAGACUCAGUCUAUUGUCUCAUAUUUUGAUAUCACACUAAUCUUGCUUGUUAUUAAAAAAAGUAGCAAAACUGUGGAUAACUGGACUACAUUACUCAUUACAUAGUAGGGCAUACCUCACCGGAGUCUACGGUUUGCCGUAAGUAGGUAACUAAAGCUUAUUAUGUGCAAUUAACAUACUUUACUAUGAAUAAAUUAGUUGAUUUAUAUCUUUUAGCAAGCAAUCGUAUAUAUGUACUGAACUGAACUCGAUACGUAAAGUGUAAGUGGAGAAUGACUACAGCCUCUUAACACAGGAAAAGUUGGACCUAUUAUUCCGUGCAUCUUAUAUCUAUGAUUCCCAGAUAAAUACUUGGAGGUAACGAAAAUCCUGUGUUGUAAAAAUGUGAAUAAAAACUGCUUUUUUAGUCAACUCACCUGUUUUGUCAUUUCUAAGUUUCAAACUGUUGCAUAUAUCCUAUGGAAAAUAUAAAAGCAGUUAAUUGGGAUAAGGGAUAGAGUAAUAUUGACGUCAUUAGGCAUUUUGAUGUUUCACAUUCUGUGAUACAACAUUUCAACAGUACAUCUUCACUACUACCGUGCCAUACUCUCCGAAGAAUGAGUUCGAGGGUAUCCGAAUACAUUCAGGGCCUAAUCUGACUUAGUAUUCCUUGUAAAAAAUCAAUUGCAUAGUAUUAACCUUUGAGCUUCGUCUCGAGUAAAGCGUUUUUAGGCUUUAAGGUAGAUGAAACAUUAUUAUCUGGUGGUUUUCGAAAUCUCAGAAUGGUAAAGUAACUCACGUUUAGUGAUAUAAGUUAAGAAUCACUCACUGUAUGAGCAACUGUGCCUUUAUAGACGGUAACAUUAUAGUUUCUUCGCCCGAACAUCAUUCAGUUUUAUCAUUAGCAGAUUUAGAGUCAAGUCACCUAGGCUAAUGAACGAUGACAUUCGGGAAGUUUAUAAUUUUCUUGUAAGCCAGUAUUUUCCGGAAUACCUUUUACUUCACUAAUUACUUGUUAAAGUUAUUUGUAAACUGUUCCGUGUGUAUUUUCUAAUUUUCUCGUUAGGUCAAGAAGGAAAAUGAAUGGUGUGAAGAAAAAUAAACCGAGAAAUAUUUGUUUCUAUAUCUCAACUUUGCCACGUAUAAACAGUGUUUUAUGAAUUUAUAUUGGUGAAGAAAAAAAGUAGUUAUUUUACCACUAUUUAGACAGACAGACAGACGGCGGGAAUUCAUUUUCGUUAUUCCCUUCAAUCCUUGUAAAUCGUAAACCACACUUUUCAUCUGCAUACAUCCAUUAUUUGUUCAUUAGAUUUACACUUAUACCACUUCAUUUUAUUAAUUGCUUCUAUAUCAUUUCUCGUUUUUAAAUAAUGUUUUGCAUCCUGUGAACAAAUCAAAUGUUAUAAACACCGUAAUGCGAUGUAUAUUUUAAAUGGAAGGAGCAGUUAUAUCUUUAAAAAAAAAUAGAAAUCGUUGUAUG